AUGUCCAACCAACAAGAUAUGGUGAACCAAUACUGCGUCCAACAUAGUCACGGUACUCAUACACAUACACAUUCAGGACUUCCUCGUGCCCGUAGGGGAUCCCAUCUUGCGAGAUUGGAGACAUCUACGCUUUCGCCUCUGGAGCAGGUUGAUGCGAAUUCCCCGAGUACAGAGAUGCCGCGGUCGCAGGAUGGGGAUGGGGAGGGAUCUGGGGGAGCGGUUGGUGGUCAUGCUGGUGGUCGGAGAGCGGGGGUGAGUGGUAGUUUGAUGUCUGAGGCGAGUUCUGAGGGGGAUGGAAGAUAUACGCCACAGUUGAGUGAUAGUAUGAUUUCAGAGUUGAGUUUAGGAUCGACUGGACAGAGAACACUGUUGAGUGGUAGUAUGAUGUCCGAGGCAAGUUCCGAGAAAAAUGGAAGACACACGCCACAGAUGAGCGAUAGUAUGAUAUCAUCAGCAAGUUCCGAGUGGUCAACACAGUACACACCACCCGCAACGUCAACAAACAGUCUCAUCCUCGACAAGGCCUCUACCACAGAUACCAGCAAAGCCACAUCAACAUCAACAACCUCCAACCAGCAAGUCCUGAAGCGCAGCUCUCGGAAAGGCAAUGAGAAGCCAGCACACAAAACCACCCCUCCCCGAAAGAACCCCGAAAACAGCAUAAAUUCAAACCUUGAAGCACCUCCCAACAUCCCACGCACACUCUCCUCCACCAUCUCCAACCUCUGGCAAUGGGUCCUCUCUCAAACCACCACACCCCCCCAGCUAAGCAACGAGCACGACGCCCUCCUUCGAAACCUCUCUAGACUAGAUUCCGAGGAGCAGAAACUUGAUCAGAUCGAAGAUGGUCUCGAACGAGCAAUUAUUAAGAGACGGAUCAAAGACGACCGUCCGAAGGCUGAGAAUAAGCUUGAGAAGCUUGCGAGAGAGGCAUUUGAGCGUGAGGAGAGAGACGGGGCCGCGGAGGGGAUGAGAAGAGUGGUUGUUCGGGAACAGAGAGGGAAUGGUGUAGCGGAAAAGGUUGUUGGGGCGGGGAUUGUGGUUAUGUGCUCGGGGUUGGCUUGGAGAGAGCGGGGGAGAUGGAUGAGAGGGGAGGGACUUGUUGUGAGAGGGGCGGCUUGGAGUUGGAGAGCUGCUGGGGAGACGCCGUGGACGGUGAAGUUGUGGCAGUUUGUGAUUUUGAGUCAGUGGGAGCGGAAUUGA